CCUGCUGGGGUGGGCUGGGAUGUACUGGGCUAUACUGGGAUGUACUGGGCUAUACUGAGGAACCAUGCCGAGGUGGGCUGGGAUGUACUGGGCUAUACUGGGAUGUACUGGGCUAUGCUAAGGAACCAUGCUGAGGUGGGCUGGGAUGUACUGGGCUAUACUGGGACGUACUGGGAUGUACUGGGCUACACUGGAGUGUACUGAGAUGCACUGGGAUGCACUGGGAUGAGCAGAGGAACCACGCUGGGCUGCGUGGCAGUGUACUGGUCUAUACUGGGAGCUGUGACCGUCCCUAUCCCUGAGCAGAAAUCAAAACCCCGCGGGGCCGCCACCACCACCAGAUCCACGCAGGACAAACCACGAGCAGGCGGCCGAGCCCAGCGCCGCCUCUCCAAAACCCCAAAAACCCCCAAAACCCCCCAAACCCCCGUCCCGACCCCGGAGGCCGAAUCCCCAUCCUGGGAGCCUCUGGAUGUGGGGCCCAUCCUGGAUGAGCUCCUGGAGAGGGUCUGGAGCGAGUGUGCGCUGGCAGCUGCAGCUCGGCAGCGGGUGCCCUUCACGGUGGCACGGGCACGCGAUGCCAUCCUGUUUGUCGCCGAGUGGCGAUUCCUGGUGAGGGACGAUGGGGACCCCGAGGUCUGGAAGGAGGAUGAGGAACCCCAAAUCUGCCGCUUGGACUCCUGGACACCGGGAAUUGUCACCGUGGCGGAGCCCUCUCUGGUUUGGGAAGAGGUCUCCUCCGAGGCUGAAAUUCCGCUCGCGUGUCCCGGUGAAGUCACCGAGGCUUCUCCCACCCGGAAUGUCCCCGAGCCCCCCGAGCAGGUGAGACGUGUCCCCGUUGUCCCCGUGUCCCGACCACCCCCCGGGCUGAACUCCGGCCCCGUGGGACCCCCGGUGUCACCCACACCGGGACACCGCCACCCACACCGGCUCCGUUCUUGGGGGGGUCAGGAGCCGCCGCCGCGCCCGUUCUCCUCCGCCACAUCCACAGCUCCUCCCGCCGUCCCGGUGCCCGCUCCAGAACCGCCCAUCGCUCCCCGGUGCCCCGGGAAGAGCCGCCGCGUCUCCGGGACUCCCGGGAGAAGCCGCCGACUCCUCCGACCCCGACCGGCCGCUCCCUCGGGACCCGCAGCGCGGCCACCGGCGGAGUCCCGGUUGGUCACGGUGGCGAACGGCGACCGAGCGCCGCCACCGCCGUCCUCCUCCCUUGGCGCGGCCGUGCCCAGGCUGGAUGCCAGGCUGGAUGCCAGGCUGGAUGCCCGGCUGGAUGCCAGGCUGGAUGCCAGGCUCGGUACCGCUCGCUGCGUGCUGCCGGUGGUGACGGUGGCGGACGUGAGCACCGAGCCCGAACGGGCGCGUUCAGCGGCAUCACGGAGCCGGUUACUCUCCCGGGGAUCCCUGCACAUCAUCCCGGUACCGGUACGGACCGGCAGGGCCGAACCGCAGCUCUGUGAGCCCUGGCUGGCCGCGGCUCGCUUGGCUCCCGGUGUCACCGUGCGCUGCGGCGGCACCGAGCGCCGCGGGCCGGUGCCGGUGGGGCACGGCGGGGACGAGCAGGGGGAUGAUGCGCUGAGGAGGGCGGAGGAGGAUUUAAAACCCAUCUUACCCCACCCGGAGUGCCGCCUCUCGGAGUAUAAAGAAUCCGAGGAGGAGCUGGAAAACCCACCGGGAACGCGGCAGUUCCCGGGGUUGUUCCUCCCGGCCCCGGUACAGGCUCCGGGGAGAGCGUUGUCGCCCCGUCUGUCGCCGGUACCGGGGCUGGCACCGGGCAUGGCGCUGUACGAUGCUCUCGGAGCUCGGGGCUCUUCGCCAGUGCUGCUGAAUAGAACAGAAGUCAAUAAAAACCACUAAAAUGA